ACGCACUUCCGGCUCUCCGUCACGUCCGCCUCCCCCGGGCGCGGGGACCACGGAUCCGUGGGAGUCGCGGGGACCGCGGGGCCCACGGGGACCCAUGACCUCGUCCCGCUUUGGCGCGGCCCUCGCGGCGCCACCUCCGCAGCCCUGAGGGGUGUCUGUUCGGUGGUCGAUGGUGAGUGGCGGCCGCGGUGAGUGGUGAGCGGCUCGAGGAACCCAGAGCCAUGAAGCUGUACGUGUUCCUGGUGAACACGGGCACCACGCUCACAUUCGACACGGAGCUCGCCGUGCAGAGCGUUGCCGAGCUGAAGAGUGCCAUUGCUGCAAAGCACCGCAUUGGGGUGCAGCACCAGGUGCUCGUGGUGAAUGGCGGUGAGUGUAUGGCCUUGGAGCGCCGCGUCUGCAGCUAUUGCGCCGGAACGGACACAAACCCCAUCUUCCUGUUCAGCAAGGAGAUGAUCGUACGGGACAAGGCGCCGGCAGUGCCACGCUGCGUGUUCCCGGCAGAGACGGAGAUGGCACUGCGUGUGGAAGAGUCGCUCAUGAUGCCACCUGUGCUCAACACCGUGGCCUCGCGCUCACAGCUUGCGGCGGAGAUGCAAGAGUUUGCGGAGCGGCUGAGUGAGUACUGCCGCACGCUGGUGCACGACGAGCAUCUGCAGCACCAGGGCUGGGCGGCCAUCAUGGCCAACCUGGACGACUGCAUGAGCGGAUACGCCGCGCUGCUGCACGGCUUUUCCAGCGCCUACGCCACCUUCUCCACCGCCCGCGACUCCAUAACAGAGCAGCUUAACGCGCUGGGCAGCGCUGUGUCAGUGAUGGCGCAGAUCCCGCUGCUGCAGUCACUUACAGUGAGCAUGUCCCGCGAUGGGUCCCAGCGGGGAGCCACCGCCGCCGACGACAGCUCCCAGCUCGCUUCCUUCAGCUCCCUCGGUUCGGAUUCGGCUCCCGCGGCACCAGCGCUGAUGCCUGGGAAAGCAACGCCUAUUCAACGCCGGCAGAAGCAGCUCGGAGGAGAGGAGAUUGGCUGGGACAACGGCGCCCAUGGGGAGGCAGGGGGGUAUCCGGCCGGCGCCAGGUUGAGUGGUGCCACCGAGGGCGAGACCUUUCCUUGUGCCCGUGAUGGUGCGUCAACGGACAGCGCGAUUGAGUCGCCCGCCGGCGCUGACGGCAGGGUGGGGCCCGAUGCGGCGAGCGAGGAGAGUGCGGCGGGGCCCACCACCAGCAUCCAGGAGCCGUUCAACGUGACCCUGCUGGACUGGGUGAACGUGCAGGACCGGCCCAACGACGUGGAGACGCUGGUGAAGAAGUGCCUUGACUCGGUGCACAGGCUGGAGCCGGCGGUGGUUGAGCCGUUCCUGCAGGAGUGCCGCGAGGUGCUGGCCAAGGCUGACAACCCCCCGAUGCGUGCCAUCAAGGGGCUGGAGGAGCGGCUCUAUGCGCUGGACCAGGUGCUGGCGACCUGCCGCACCCUCGUGUCGGAGCAGGGCGAGCUCGCUCAGGGCUUCCUGGCAAACCAGAAGCGGGCGGAGAACCUGAACGACCCGUCGGUUCUCCCAGACCUGUGUGUGAGUCAUGCCAACCAGCUGCUCAUCAUGCUGGGCAACCACAAGAAGCUGCUUGACACCAGGCAGACGUGCGUGCUGGCCAAGCAGCAGCUGACUGACAACCUGCACGUGCGCUUCCGGUGGUGCUACCUGAUGAUGCACCACCUGGACCAGCACAGCGAGCGUCUGGCCGCGCUGUGGCACGUCCUGCGGGGGCUGGAGGGGCGCAUGCGCGUGGUGGCCCAGCUCUCGGCGGCACCGCGCCUCUACUGCCUGGCCAUCUCUGAAGUGGUGCGCAGGCGCACCUUCGUCGCUCACUACUCCCAGUGGGCCAGCGCGCUGGUGGCAGAGGGCAGGCAGGUGUAUGAGGCCGAGCGAGCCAAGCGGGAGAGCUUUGGACGCGUGUUUGGGAGCUCCUUCCUGCGUGACCGCCUCUUCCGUGGCCUCCAGUCAUGGCCUCCCUCCUCCUUCUGUACGAGUGACCCGCGUGCGUUCGAUUCGGAGCUGCCGUCCAUCUCGCUCGACGACCUGCGCCUCCUGCAGUCGCGGUGUCCCGACGAGGUGCAGCCCUACCUCAGGCUGCCUGGAAUGGAGUUAGCAGUGUCUUCGUCCCAUCCCAUCGCGCCUUGGGGUGGAGAAGAGGGACUCCUUCGCCCUUCACCUGCACACUCACUCACCCAGGUGUCACCAGGUUCUGUGGAGGGGCUCGUCCCUCCAGGCUUGGCAAUCGAUGAUCGAGAUCCGGCGCCCGCGGUGCACAAGGGCGCACCAGCGUUGAACUCGUGGGCUCCGGUCGUGGAGGAGGCAGCGAUGAGAGGGUGUGCCGGCCUACCAGGAGCGCUGGUGACGGAGGAGGUGGGGGGGGGGCCUCGGGGAGCCACUGUCCCCCGGUGCCCCCCCACUGCUGCAGGAGGCAGAGGUCGCCUCCCUCGAGGAUUACGGCUUCGAGUCGGUACCGUCCGCCGUGGGCCUCCUCGUGUCGGACCCCGCCGUGACGGCCCCCCCCGAGCCCCCCGAGCCGCUGGGAUCCCUGGGCAGCCUCCAGGCCGAGCCUCCCUGCCCACUCAGCGAGCUGGGGCAACGCGAGGUGGUGGCGGCGGCACCACCGGCGCCCGCCCUCGACUCGCUGCUCACGAGUGGGAGCGCCGAUUUCGUGUCGGCCAUGGGGGAGUGGUAGAAAUGAGGGAAUUGAGGGAGGUGAGAGGAGGAGAGGUGAGGGGCGUGGAAAAGGUGGGGGAGUUGACAGAAGUGGGGGAAGCUUUUGGAAGGGUUAGAGAGUUGGGGGGGGCCAGGGAGGUGGAGGCCGUGAGGGAAGUGGGGCAGUUGAGGGAUGUGGUGGGAGAGGGCAGCGCUGCCAUCUCCCCUGGGGCCCUGCUGAGCGACCCACAGAGCCCCGAGAUGAUGGAGUCGCUCUACGCCUCCGUCAUCAACGCCAUCGACAGCAAGCGCCUUCACGACUCGGCCUCGGAAGCGGCCGCACUACGCCGCACCAUCGAGGCCCACCGCCAGGGCCUGCUGGCCGCUCGUGCCGGCCUGGCCGCGCUCGCCGGCGACCUGGCCCGGCUGAGGGCCGCGGCGGCACGCGGGAGGGAAGAUGCCGCGGCCGCAUUGGCCGCCCUGAGCCGCGACGUGGCCCGGCUGAGGGAGUGCGCGGAGGCCGAGGAGGAGGAGGCGCGCCGAGCCCGUGUCGACUGCGAGGAGGCUCGGCACCGCGAGCUCGAGGAGCGGCGCCGUGCAGACGAGGAGGCCCAGGAGCGGCUCCAAGAAUUGUCGGAGAGGGCCGACUCACUGGAGCGCCGCCUACGCUCCUCGGCCGCCGAGCUGGAGGGCCUGCGACUGGAGAGGGACACGCUGGCCGAAGGGGAAGCGGCGUGGAGGUCCCGGGAGCAGGGCCUGAUGGACAAGGCGGAGCGCCUGCGCGCCGACGUGGGGGAGCUACAGCACCAGCGCUGCUGCCUGCAGCUAGAGCUGGCGUCGCAGAGCGGCGAGGCGGAGGAGCAGCGGCGCGCCCUGGAGGCGCUGCGCGACGAGUACGAUGAGAGAUGUCGCGAGCUGGCGCGCCGCGCCGACAACGACCGCACCCAGCUCUACGAGCAGCUGCGGCGUGAGGAAGAGCAGCGUGAGGCGCUGGUGGAGGAGAUGCAGCGGCUCACGGAGGUGCUCGCCGGCGCCCAGCGGGACGCGGAGGCGACCCACGGCCGGCUUGAGCGGGAAGCCGAGACGCGACGUGAGCUGGAGGAGGAGGCGCAGCGGCGCCAGGAGAAGCUGGAGGCGGCCCUGGUGCAGGCCCAGGAAGAGCGCGUGGAGAUGGAACAGGCGCUGUGCGAGAAGUUGCGCGAAGCAAGCGCUCGCAGUUUGCGUGAGACGGAGACGCUGCAGAGGCAGAUGGCAGAGAGGGCGCAGAUCAUGGAGGCUGAGCUGGAGCGCACGCAGCGCGCGCUGGCGGACACCACUUUGCAGCUGGAGGCCAUGGAGCAGCAGCAGCAGCGGUCACUGAUGGAUGCUCCAGAACAGAGCCCAGGGACAGGCAGCCCUGAAGAGUCGCCACCGUCUCUGGACGCCGCACCCGGGGCAGCUGGUACGGAACGAGAGUGCGAGACGGCUGAGGAGUGUGGGACACUUGAGGGGCAACGGGGAAGUGAGCAGGGAGACACCAAGUGUGAGGUGGAGGGGGGUGAGGAAGGCAGCGAGGAUGCAGGGCAAGAGGAGGAUGGUGGCCCCGUGCCACCCCCUGCUCAGAGCCUCCCAGACAACCCGGAGAUGUUGCCCAAGAUGGCGACGACUGAACUGCCCAUUCCCCGUGCUGGGGACGUGGAGCUCGUGAGUUCUUCUGGAGACCCUGCUGGGACCCCUCCAGUGUCUGGCACCCCAGCUACGCUGGACCCCAUGCGCGAAAGUCUAGAGCAGGAGAUGAGGGAGGCACUGGGGUUAAUGAGGGCCCAGCUGGAGGCACAGCACCAGACGAGCUUCAACAGUGUCAUGGCCCAGGAGAAGCGGCGUCACCACCAGGCGCUUGCCGAGCUCCAGGGUCGGCUCGCAACGCUGGAGGCCCAGCAGAGGGAUGACCGGGACCUCAUCCAGAGGCUGUCCUCCGACCGUGCCGCGUUGCUCGAGGAGAAGAAGUUGUUGGAGGAGACGCUGGCAAAGCUGCACGGCCCGGCCAACCAGCCGGGGACCUCGUCUGAGACGACCGUCGUCCCUGCCUGCCCUCCGGCUCCGGAGGCAGCCACAGGCACGGCGCCCCCCAUCCUGGUGACCAGGGCCUUGGAGCCUUGCGAGCAGGGUGAGAGGGUGCAGUCCUUCGGCUCAGAGGAGGAGAAAGUCGAGGUGCCGCCCGGAGUUCACGGGGAGAAGGAGGAGGAUGGUGCCGCCCCGGAGAAAAUGAUGUCUCAGAGUUUGUCAGCAGCUUCGCCUCGUCACUCGGACAAAAUUUCAAUCCGAGAGUUCCAGGUUGGAGAUGUGGUGUUGGUGGUAUUGGACGAGCGCUACGACAACUAUGUGCUGUUCACUGUGGGGCCCACGCUGUGCUUCUUGCACGCUGACUGCCUGGAUUUGCUUGGCCUCGCUGCAGCUCCGGGCGAGGUAAGGAAGCCGUGGGUUCUGGGAAAGCUGGUGGAAAAGGAAUACUGCCAGGCAAAGAAGGCCCACAACAGGUUCCGGGUCCCUCUGGGAACCAAGUUCUACCGCGUGAAGGCCGUGCCAUGGGGAACAACCGUGUGACACAGCUUCCUGCGACUCCCAGGGCCAUUGGGCCUCCGAGGCAGGCUCCCGGGAGCCCCCCAACCCUCCAACCUGUUGGGGCCCCCUCAAGCCUCCGAGCCUAGGCCUCCCAUACCCUCGUGGCUCAAUGUAGACGUUUGCACAGACUGUGUGGAGCUCGCACCCUCCACAGUGAUGUUGAAUAUCACCAUCGUACCGAUAAUACUAAUAUUGCUCAUAGUGACCCUAGUACGAGCUGCUAAGGGCGCCCCGUUAUGAUUUAAAGGCGUGCGCCCCCCCCCCCCCCCCCUUUCCUAUCACCUGUAAAUGCCCAUUUUACCCAUCCCCAAUGUAAGUACGUUAAUUCCAAUAAAGGAGCCUGUAGGCGAUGUUCAUGCGCCCACCCGGCA